AUGGACAUGAACGACGUGGAGCAACAACCGCCGCCGGCGAUUGUACCGUCGUCCCCGGAGUCAUCACCGUGCCUGUCGCUUUCAUCCUCCGCGGAGGAGCUGCAGCACAUGCCGCUGGCACCGCCGAAGAUGAUGAGCCGAAAGAGGCUGUGCAAGCAGCUGUCCAUGUGCGAGACGCCGCGUGACAUUGCAUGGGAGAAACGGCGGCGGCAGAUUCUGAAGCAGGAGAGGAAGAGAAACGGGAACGGUGACUCCCCCGGCGCCGUUGCCGAGGAGCAAGAGGGAGACGAUAUGAACCUGACGGACGAGGACUUGCAUGAGCUGAAAGGGUGUAUAGAGCUAGGGUUUGGGUUCAAUGAGGAAGAGGGUCAAAGGUUGUGCCCUACAUUGCCGGCUCUUGACCUCUACUUUGCCGUCAACCGCCAGUUCUCUCCCAGUCCGCUCUCCUCGCCCAAUAGCGGCCGACAUUCCACGUCGUCAAUGGGUGGUCCGACGUCGUCAUUUGGUGGACUUUCAUCGUCGUUUGGAAGCCCUAGCCCUAGGAGCGACAGUGAUGGGUGGAAGAUUUGCAGCCCAGGUGAUAACCCUCAACAGGUGAAGACCAAAUUGAGGCAUUGGGCACAAGCCGUAGCUUGUUCAGUUAUGCAAUUUUCUUCUGGAGACAACCCAACUUCAACUCCCCAAGAAAUCUCUCCGACCAUAGUCAAAGCUUUCGCAAACCCAAUAUUACAAUCUUCUUCUAUGGCUCCGGACGCUUCUGAAGCACUUGCAGCUAGGGAAAUAGUUCAGCAGUUCCUGAAUGCUGCAUGUACUGGGAAUGUUGAUCUCUUAAAAAAGUUGGCUGGGAAACUCGAUGAAGGGAAGGGUUUACCCAAAACUGUGGCUGAUAUUAAGGAUGCCAACAAGCGUGGCGCACUUCAUUUUGCUGCAAGAGAGGGCCAGACUGAGAUGUGCAAGUACUUGCUGGAGGAAUUGAAACUUGAUGUUGAUACCAAAGAUGAAGAUGGCGACACUCCCCUUAUUCAUGCUGCUCGUCUUGGCCAUACUGAUACUGCAAAACUUCUUCUUGAGUAUGGUGCCAAUCCAUCUAUCGCCAGUGAUUUAGGGGCUACGGCUCUUCAUCAUUCUGCUGGACUAGGAAACAUUGAGUUGCUGAGGUGCUUAAUUUCCAAGGGUGUCGAUAUCAAUUCACAAAGUGAUGCGGGUUCUCCUUUAAUUUGGGCUGCUGGUCAUGACCAACCAGAUGCUGUGAAAAUUCUGUUAGAACACCAAGCUAAUCCUAAUGCUGAAAGUGAUGAUGAUAUUACUCCAUUGUUGUCAGCUGUGGCAGCUGGUUCACUGGCAUGCUUAGAGUUAUUGAUUCAGGCAGGUGCCAAAGUAAAUAUGAGUGCUGGUGGAGCGACCCCUUUACACAUAGCUGCUGAUAUUGGGAGCUUGGAGAUUAUAAAAUGUUUAUUAAAAGCCGGAGCAGAUCCCAAUGUAACUGAUGAGGAGGGUUUGAAGCCAAUACAGAUUGCAGCUGCAAGUGGGAACCGAAGUGUUGUGGAGGUCCUCUUUCCCUUGACAUCACAAGUUGAAACCAUUUCAAAAUGGACAGUUGAUGGCAUACUUGAGUAUAUGCAAUCUGAAACAAGCAAACAACAGGAACAAUCGCGAAAUACCAAGGAGCUUAAUGUCCCAAAAGACUCUACUUCACUAAAGAAAGAGCUUCCUGAGGUGACACCUGAGGCAAAGAAAAGAGCCGCAGAAGCAAAAUCAAGAGGAGGUGAUGCUUUCAGUAGGAAGGAUUAUCAAGCGGCUGUUGAUGCAUAUACCCAGGCAAUUGAUAUGGACCCAACUGAUCCCAUUUUUCUAUCCAAUCGAAGCCUUUGUUGGCUUCGUCUUGGCCAACCUGAGCAUGCCUUAGCCGAUGCAAAGGCCUGCAGGGAAUUGAAACCAGAUUGGCCAAAAGCUUGCUUUCGAGAAGGUGCAGCAUUGCGCCUAAUGCAGAAGUUUGAUGAAGCAGCUAAUUGUUUUUAUGAGGGUGUGCAGCUGGACCCUGAAAGUAAGGAACUCGUCGAUGCUUUCAGGGAAGCGGUUGAAGCCGGAAGGCAAUUCCACAGUAAAGAUAAACAAAAACCAAAACCUUAGUUUGCCGAAUGCCCAGCAGUUCAUCAUUCAGAUGGUUUUUCUUCCUUUCAUAACAUCGGAGUGUGCUAUUUUUAAGGAAUUUGAGCUUGUUACAGUAUGUGUUUGUACAACAUGUAAGAAAUUUUUUGCUGUAACUUCAAUUUGUCUGCAACAAUGUUAUUUAAGUAAUUAUCAAACUGUUAAACCCCC